AUGUCCGACCCAACGGGGCCAGGCUCCAGCAGCCACCCAGCCCUGGAAGAGUAUCUCAACACGCUCCUCCCAUCCUCCAACCGCAGCAGCCUCCGCACAUCCGUGCUGCCCAACCUCAUCGCCUCCAUCUCAGCCGUCGCACGCACGCUGCGCGGCGCCCACGACGUGUCGGCCGUCGGCUCCGCCAACGCCUUCGGCGACGACCAACUCAACGUCGACGUGCAAGCCGAGCAGGCCGUGCGCGACGCCAUCGCCCGCUGCCCCGCCAUCGUCACCGCCAGCAGCGAGGAGGAUCCCGUGGAGCGCUCUUCACCCUCAACCAGCACCAGCACCAGCACCAGCACCAGCACCCCAGAAACCGCCGCUGCCUCAAGCACGGCGGCAGAACUAUACACCGUCGCCUUCGACCCCCUGGACGGCAGCAGCAUCAUCGCCCCCAACUGGACCAUCGGCACCAUCAUCGGCGUCUGGGACGGCCCCACCGCCCUGGGCGUCCCGCCGCGCACGCACCAGGUCGCCGCCCUCCUCGGCGUCUGCGGUCCGCGCACGUCCGUCCUCGUCGCGUUACGCCUCCCCGGCACCACCGGGGAGGGCGGGACGUGUUUCGAAGUCGCCCUCUCUUCUGCCACCGACGACACCGACACCGACACCGACACCGACACCAGCAACGCCCUCGUGAUCCGCCGAUCCAUCCGCUUCAGCCCGCCACCUUCCAUCAAGACCCGCUAUUUCGCGCCCGCGAACCUCCGCGCCGCGGCGGGUGACCCCCGCUAUUUGACUCUGAUCACGCAGUAUAUCGAACAGCAAUACACGCUGCGCUACAGCGGCGGCCUCGUGCCGGACGUGGCGCACAUGCUGAGUAAAGGGCACGGCGUGUACGUGAGUCCCGUGACCGGGGGGACGAAGGCGAAGUUGAGGAGGUUGUAUGAGUUGUGUCCUGUGGCGAUGGUGGUGGAGUGUGCUGGAGGAAAAGCGGUGGAUCCAGUUGAUGGAGGGGAGGUGUUGGAGAGGGAGGUCGGGGGUGUGGAGGAGAGGGGUGGCUUGGUUUGUGGGACGGGAGUGGAGGUUGAGGGGGCUGUGAGGGCGCUGGUGGGGUAG